AUGGACUCAGUGGGGUUGGCUGGGGACUCGGGACUCCUCCGCUCUGACGCCAAGUACCUGAGCUGCAGACUCCUCCGCUCUGAGGCCAAGUACCUGUGCUGCAAACUCCUCCGCUCUGAGGCCAAGUACCUGUGCUGCAGACUCCUCCGCUCUGAGGCCAAGUACCUGUGCUGCAGACUCCUCCGCUCUGAGGCCAAGUACCUGAGCUGCAGACUCCUCCGCUCUGAGGCCAAGUACCUGUGCUGCAGACUCCUCCGCUCUCAGGCCAAACUCCUCCGCUCUGAGGCCAAGUACCUGUGCUGCAGACUCCUCCGCUCUGAGGCCAAGUACCUGAGCUGCAGACUCCUCCGCUCUGAGGCCAAGUACCUGUGCUGCAGACUCCUCCGCUCUGAGGCCAAGUACCUGAGCUGCAGACUCCUCCGCUCUGAGGCCAAGUACCUGUGCUGCAGACUCCUCCGCUCUGAGGCCAAGUACCUGUGCUGCAGACUCCUCCGCUCUCAGGCCAAGUACCUGUGCUGCAGACUCCUCCGCUCUGAGGCCAAGUACCUGAGCUGCAGACUCCUCCGCUCUGAGGCCAAGUACCUGUGCUGCAGACUCCUCCACUCUGAGGCCAAGUACCUGUGCUGCAGACUCCUCCGCUCUGAGGCCAAGUACCUGAGCUGCAGACUCCUCGCUCUGAGGCCAAGUACCUGUGCUGCAGACUCCUCCGCUCUGAGGCCAAGUACCUGUGCUGCAGACUCCUCCGCUCUGAGGCCAAGUACCUGUGCUGCAGACUCCUCCGCUCUGAGGCCAAGUACCUGUGCUGCAGACUCCUCCGCUCUGAGGCCAAGUACCUGUGCUGCAGACUCUUACGCUCUGUCUGUUAUAAUGACAACCAUUAUGAAGGGAACUAACAACUGA